CUCUUUUUCCAAAGCAAGGAUGACUCUAGUAAGGAUCCGGAGGAGCUUCCGGCAGGUAUCGCCUCAAGUGGUGCUCUUCUUGCUCUUUGCCUUCUGCCUGCUCAGUGUUUUUGUCUCCGCAUAUUAUUUAUAUGGGUGGAAGAGGGGACUGGAACCCUCUGGAGAUAUCCCGAGCCCAGACUGUGAUGAACCGAAGAUUGCUCCUUCACGCCUGCUACCAAUAAAACCCAUCAAAGUGGUAGAUUCUUCUCGGACUGACCCCUUGGUCCUUGUGUUCGUGGAAAGCCUUUACUCUCAACUGGGACAGGAGAUUGUGGCCAUCUUGGAAUCUAGUCGUUUCAAAUAUCUGACAGAGAUCGCUCCGGGGAAGGGAGACAUGCCUACAUUGACUGACAAGGACCGAGGGCGCUUUGCACUUAUCAUCUAUGAGAACAUCCUGAAGUAUGUGAACCUGGAUGCCUGGAAUCGCGAGCUCUUGGACAAGUACUGUGUAGAGUACGGUGUAGGCAUCAUUGGCUUUUUCAAGGCAAACGAGAACAGCCUACUGAGUGCUCAGCUGAAAGGUUUCCCCCUUUUUCUCCACUCCAACCUUGCCCUGAAGGACUGCAGCAUCAAUCCCAAAUCACCACUGCUGUACAUCACGCGGCCCAGCGAGGUAGAGAAGGGACUUCUUCCAGGGGAGGACUGGACAGUCUUCCAGUCAAACCAUUCCACGUAUGAACCAGUCCUCCUCGCUAAAACCAAGUCAGCUGAAUCCAUCCCACACAUGAGUAUUGACGCUGCACUGCAUACCACCGUCGUACAAGACUUGGGACUCCAUGAUGGCAUCCAGAGAGUCCUUUUUGGCAACAAUCUCAACUUUUGGCUACACAAACUGGUCUUUGUGGACGCUGUUUCAUUCCUGACCAGCAAGAGGCUUUCACUUCCCCUUGACCGUUACAUCUUGGUAGACAUUGAUGAUAUCUUUGUUGGCAAAGAAGGCACACGAAUGAAGGUGGAUGAUGUGAAGGCUUUGUUUGACACUCAGAAUGAACUACGUACCCACAUCCCAAAUUUCACCUUCAAUCUGGGCUACUCAGGGAAAUUUUUCCACACAGGUACAGAUGCAGAGGACGAGGGAGAUGACCUUCUGCUUUCUUACGUGAAGGAGUUUUGGUGGUUCCCCCAUAUGUGGAGUCACAUGCAACCUCACCUUUUUCACAAUCAAUCUGUGUUGGCAGACCAAAUGGCCAUGAACAAGAAAUUUGCCGUGGAACAUGGCAUCCCCACAGAUAUGGGAUACGCAGUGGCCCCCCAUCAUUCAGGGGUGUACCCAGUCCAUGUGCAACUCUAUGAGGCCUGGAAACAGGUGUGGGGGAUCAAAGUAACAAGCACCGAAGAAUAUCCUCAUCUCAAACCAGCCCGCUACCGAAGAGGAUUUAUUCACAGUGGAAUCAUGGUUCUCCCACGGCAAACUUGUGGAUUAUUUACACAUACCAUAUUCUAUAAUGAAUACCCAGGUGGCUCGAGUGAAUUGGAUAAAAUCAUCAAUGGAGGCGAGCUUUUUCUGACUGUUCUCCUUAAUCCCAUCAGUAUCUUUAUGACCCACCUCUCCAAUUAUGGAAAUGACCGCCUGGGUUUGUAUACCUUUAGGCAUUUGGUCCGAUUUCUGAACUCCUGGACUAACUUGAAGUUACAGACGUUGCCACCUGUGCAGCUGGCACAGAAGUAUUUCCAGAUAUUCUCUGAAGAAAAAGACCCCCUUUGGCAGGAUCCUUGUGAGGACAAGCGCCACAAGGAUAUUUGGUCCAAAGAGAAGACCUGCGACCGGUUCCCCAAGCUGCUAAUUAUUGGUCCUCAGAAGACAGGUACCACUGCCCUCUAUCUCUUCCUGGGGAUGCACGCUGACUUGAGCAGUAACUAUCCCAGCUCGGAGACCUUUGAAGAGAUCCAGUUCUUCAAUGGACAUAAUUAUCACAAGGGCAUUGACUGGUAUAUGGAGUUUUUCCCCAUUCCUUCCAACACUACAUCUGAUUUCUAUUUUGAGAAGAGUGCCAAUUACUUUGAUUCAGAAGUCACACCAAGGCGGGCUGCUGCACUGCUUUCCAAGGCAAAAAUAAUCACCAUCCUCAUCAAUCCUGCAGAUCGGGCCUACUCUUGGUAUCAGCAUCAACGGGCACAUGAUGAUACAGUUGCUCUGAAGUACACCUUUCACGAGGUAAUUACAGCUGGACCUGAGGCCUCUCAGAAGCUUCGGACCUUACAGAACCGUUGCCUAGUACCAGGCUGGUAUGCUACCCAUAUUGAACGCUGGUUGAAUAAUUUCCAUGCCAAUCAGAAAAUGCAUAUGUUUUCUGGAAUGUUGGAAUUCACUUAUUUUGCUCUGAAAAGUUUACAGAGGUUCCCUGAGAAUUGGAUGAAACACUUAGUUCCUUCCAAUGGUAAUAUUGUUAUCCUGUUUGAUCUCAAAAAAGGAUUUUGGUGCCAACUAUUAGAGGGAGGGAAGACCAAGUGCUUGGGGAAAAGCAAAGGAAGAAAAUACCCAGAGAUGGAUUUAGAUUCCAGAGCAUUCUUGAGAGAUUAUUAUAGGGACCACAACAUAGAGUUAUCCAAGCUACUGUAUAAAAUUGGCCAGACACUGCCAACUUGGCUGCGGGAAGAACUCCAGAACACUAGAUAGCCACUUCUUAUCUCUUGUAUUAAGCAAUAGUAGAAUGGAUCCAUGGGGAGGAUCUCAAACCUCUACUCCAAGCCAACAGGACGUGAUAAGAUGUGAGAUAUUUUACAGAGAAGAAGCAUUUUGAGCAAUAUCCGUUCAAGAUGUUUGAGGAAAAGUGGGAAAUUGUCCAUAUGAUUGAACCUGGAAGCUUGGAAGAAAGCAACCAUCUGAAGAACUACUGGAAUUGAUGUACAAGCAGUGGCUCAGGGCCAAGCCAGGACUAUUACAUCUGUUUCUGUCAGAUUGCUCGAGACCCCAGCUUUACUAAAAGUAUUGAGGUGUGCCUCCUUGGCUAUAAUGCCAGUUUUUGGUGAAGAAGAUUCAUAAAGAUCUGAGAUUUCCUCACCCGUUAUUUCCAAUAUCUGGAAUGGUAUUAAAACAAAAUGACUCCUUCUCUUUGGAUAGAUGACACGAGUGGAUCAAGAAUUCACCAGGGAUCAAGAAUAAUAGUCCUGCACAUGUAUGGGUUUGCAAAAGAACAUGAUUGAUAAUAUGACCAUGGAGCCAGAGGGAGGCCAUGCUCCAAGCAUGGACCUAAUUAUGCAAUUUGGGCUCAGACUGAGAUAGGACUGAGAUAGUGUUCUGGAACAGAGAUCUUGGUUAAAGCAGAUGCUCGGUUUUUAUAUGGAAGACUUCGGAAGACUUUGGUAUUGGCAAUAUUUAGAUUAUCCCAGAUCGAUUUUUUUCUGUCUUCUUAUUUACAAAUAUAUUGGGAAAGGGGUGGAAUGAUCAAGAGUGAGCAACAUAGUCAUCUGACAAUGUUGGCAAGAUAAUUUGCUCCAAAGAGAUAUUUUAAUUUGUGUCCUUCUUAUAGCCCUGUCUCUGGUUUCAACAUACAAUUAUGUGAGAUGUGAUUUAAGAUUCAGUAACUGAAUCCAAUAUUUUUUUUUAUUUCUGGUGCACAUGUCCUGCCUGUUUGAAAAAGGAUGACAUUCUAGCAUAAUGUGUAAACUUUGCUCUAAUGGUCAUCCUAAAUACAACUUAAGAGAAUUGAUCUUCAUGAGUAUUGAAUGAACAGUAUUUUAGUAGUUUUCUUUUUGAACAUUUUGGAGUGGGAUAGGGAAUACAUAUUAGAGUUGGUAUUCCCAAGUAUUAGGUUCUUAUUUUCCCACCCUUUUGCUAUUGUAGAGGAUAGAGAAAAAUGCCCCAUGGGUUUGGUUGAUUUGUCAUCACAAUGUCUGUUUCUGUUAGAAUCAUUUUAGGAUAAUCCUGUGGCUGUCCAUUAUUUCAAUUAUUUCCUCCUGUCCAAUGUGUCUUAUUGAGCUGUGACUGAGACUUUCCAAUAACCCAUUUAUUCUAGUUUACUAAAUUCCUUUGUGUGUAUAUGUGUAUGUAUGGAAUUUAUAAAUAUGCUGCUAAUAGUAUUGUGUAUUCAUGCAUGCACACACACAUAUACACACUUGGCCAUUGCUGUCUGUGUUUCGAGCUAUAUUAACAAGGUAAAUAGAACCCAUUUCCCCCGAUUUGGCUUAUUCUGUCCUGUCCUGCUACAUAUUGGAUGUGUCAUAGGAAAGACAUGUUAAACUUGCAAUCCAGAGCGGGCUGGAAAAACAAAGGUCACGACAAGAGUCAAAGACUUUUGAAAAGCCGUUUUAAUUCCUCAGUGGAGGAAUUAAAGGCACUGGAGUAUCGACUGGUCUGACUACUGCUCGAUUCAAAGUUGGAGAGUUGUUACGAUAUUUUAAAAAAAAUGUUAGUAUUGCUAAUGGAAACAUUUACUAUAAAUUCAACAGUAGGUUAUCAAAAAGAUUUUCAAGCUUUUUCCAUCUGGAGGUAGGUAUCUGCCCCCUUCUCCCAAAUAUCUUCCUGUUUUGCUUAAAUGUUUCUAAUUAUUGGAAGUGAUUUGCUCAACCAGUCAUCUUGUUUUGGUUUUCAUUAAAGCUGUAAUCAUACUAGCACCAGUUCCAUGAAUGAACAUUUGGACAAAAGGCAAGAAGCAAAAAAAAAGGUUUCUUCUUAACUUAGAUCUUAGACUGCCUAUAAUUGCUGGCAAAACAGUCUAGCUAUAGCUUCCAACACAUUUGUUUCCAUUGAUCCUGUGUGUGAGCACCAUCUAGUGGAUCAUGAAAUCAUCAUAGACUCUAGAGUAAAAUUUGAGUAAAAUGGAGUAAAAGCUGCAGAGAGCUUUAGGCCAUUGAGUGUAUAGCUAGUUAGUGCAGCGAUCUAAACUGGAACCUGUCCAGUAGCUGACUGCCAUGCCUCACCUCUACUUGAAGAUAACCAGUAAAAUGAUUUUUUCCACUGAAAUUCAAAUUCCUCUGAAUAUUAGGAGGAAGUUGUUUUCCCCUCUAAUAAUCAGACCUUGCCUUUCGGUACCUUAAUCCAUUCUUUUGCAUCCUGCAGUCUUGCAUUGUAGACAACACGUCUCUGCGUGACAUGUUUUCAGAUUUAGAAGGACUAAAUCUUAAAAUCUUAAUCUAAAUCCCCCUAGAUCUUAAUACCAUGAAUUCUUUCAAUCCCUCUUUAUAGUUCUUACCAUUGUUCUUCUCUGAGUUGAUUACUCCUUUUCAUCUUCAUUAUGUUUCUUGUCCCCGUUUGUUUAGGCAGCUAUGCCAGUAAUGAAUGUACGUUUGAGACAGAAGCCUGCGUAAGACCAAAUGUGGGAAGAUGACUUUAUCUUGUGAACGCUCUUAAUACAGUAUUUUACGUGCAGCCUUCUGUAUGAAAAGAUUUGCUGUACUUAAAAGCAAAGAGUGCUGAAAAGUUAAGAGUCCCAAGCUUCCCAGUACCCCUAAUUAGGUGGACAUUUAUCUUUUAAGGUAGAAUAAAUAUGGUUGGGGGUGGGCAGGAGGCAGAGUUGCAUCUAUUGGCAAAACUAGCUUGCCCUCCUGCUGCGAAUCAUCCAGCGGUCUUGGCUGGCUGGGGGAAUUCUGGGAGUUGGAAGUCCACGCAUUUUAAACACCGCCACGUUUGAAAAACACGGAUGUCAAAGAAGGCUAUUGGCAGAAAAGAUGCAGUGACAAGACUUGGAAUGACAAGACUUUAGCAUCUGAUAUCUGCAGCCUUAUGAAAUAAGACACAGUGUCCUUUCCAAACCAUUGUAAAACAGGCGCAGCA